UAUGAUGAUAAUUAUAAUGAGCAAUGCAAUCCUUGAAACAUUGGAUCUGCUUUAACAAUGGAAGCGUUUAUUUAGUUUUGUACCAUUGUGUACGUUUGAUUUGAAACUGUGCUGCAGCCCUGACAUAAAUCACGAAUACUUUUGUGUAUAGUAAAGUCGCGUUCAUCGUACCAUCAGUAAUAUCGAUACACCUAAUUGGAUGUACAUUGUACAAAGCACAAAAAUGAGCGAAAUGUCCUGGAAGGACUUCUUGAGCCAGGCCCAAGAGUUUCUCAAAAUGUCCGAGCAGUUGGGUGAUGGCUGGGUCCUACAUGAGAAGGACGCCAGUGAGCCCAACACGUUCCUCAAGUACAGCCACAAGAUUAAAUGUAAAGAGUCCAAAGAUGGGGAUUUGAGUCUCAUCAAUGUGGAGUAUCACAUAGUCUAUAGUGUGUCGUACCAAGUGCCCAUGCUAUUCUUCCAGGCACAUCGAUCAGACGGAAGUCUUCUGGACUUGGAGGCCACUUGGCGUGUCUUUAUGCCAGAGACGGCUUCCAAAGAUCUCUAUCAGAUGCUCACCCAAGCGGACCAUCCUGUGCUGUCUCGUCCGUUCAUGGCCCUGCAUCCGUGUCGCACAGCGCAAGUGCUCGAUCAGUUUGGACAGCCGAGUGCCAACCGUGUGCUCACCUUCAUCAGCCUCUACGGACCGCACGUGCAGCUGCUACUGGCGAAUGCCUAUGGACUGAACAAAUGAAAAGAAUGCCCGGAACUACAUACAUGUGUGGAUAAUUCGUAUUUAUUUGUGGUUGUUUUAAACAUUGAUUACAGGAGUAUACAUAUGUGGAUAUUAAGAUGCUUUUGGGGAGAGGGGACCUCUAUGUUACAGUUUUACAUUCGAUUCGCUACAUUUUAUACGGUUUGACCUUUUCAUUGAAUAUGCUACAUAUAUUAGAGGGCAUUCCAGUGCCGCUUCCCUACUAGAACUUGGCACAAGUGAACAUCCAAAUUGUAAAGUAAAUAGGGGGGAACAACUAACUAUAUCUCGGGUUAAAGUUGUACAUAUACAUAUGUAUGUAUGUUGCACUGAUACAUCUACAUUUGUCAAGCUUAAAUCAAGCACUGCAAAACGGAACAAAGAUAAUAUGUAGCGUACUAUGUAGUUAACAAGUUCCACUUGUCCAUUCGGUUAUUUUCAUUCGUAAUAUCAGAUAAAUGUUGCAUAUUUUCGAUCAUUUCGAUCUGUAUGUAUAUCUAGAGCUAAGCAUAGAUAGGUAUGUAUAUGUGUAUGUAUGUAUAUAUCCUUAGGUCUAAUUGUACUGUACACAAGCUAGACCAUACUCGCUGUGGAGAGGCUAUGCUUCGGUUCCCUAAUGUUAGGUUUUUCAUUUAUAAUUAAUGUUAACUGGCUACUGUGUGGCAUUUGCUGAUCCUCAACGCCAAAGCACGAGAGGCCACGUCUUUCGACGCGACUUCGGCUCCAUGGGCGCGAGGGCAUCGCAUUGAAAAUGUUUUUUUUGCAAAAUUAAAUAGAUUUAUAUGCAUAUAUUUACUUUGUUUCUGCACUUGUAAUCCAACGAAAUACAUGCAAUACACGUACACGUACACAUACAUACAUUGAUAAGAGUAUAACUGCUAUUGACUGAUUGCGGGUCUGUUUAGUGCGGCACUUGCAACAAAAGAUUCGAAGACAGUUGGAAGCUGUGGACAGGCAUGUUUCGGGAGAGAGAGGAGUGAUCAAGGGC